UCUGCACCAUCGUCUCGUUCUGCUUUGAGGCAAAUAUUAAAAAUUCUCACUGGCAACAUUUUACUCAAGAGGACAAUAAUUGUGACUUUAUGGGAAAAGUGUCAAAUUUUUAUACGCAAAUGUUUUACAAAUAACCUCCGUUUUAAUAGUUCCAGAACAAAUUGCUCAAUCUUGCACCAGUUUAAGUGAUAAGUGGAAGAUCAAUCUGUGGGUAGAAACCGAUUGGAGUUGAAUUGCUGUAGAUAAAAUGACCCAAGACUUGCCUGAUGAUGAGACUAACUUGUACAGAGCGAUUACGGCUGUCUCAUCUAUAGCUGUUUUGGCAACCUAUUACGUUUUUAAUGUGGCUCAUAAACCCAAGAUUUAUGCAAACAAUGGAACCCUUCAGAAUUUUCUUUCUAAAAACAUGCCAAGUUUAAAAGAUACUUAUUGGCCAUCCUGGUUUUCAUGGGAGGGAAGGCUGCAAUCUGCUUUAGGACUCAAUCUGCGAAUUGCAAGAACAGAGAAAUUGCCAUACCGAAGACAAAUUCUUCAAUUACAAGAUGGAGGACAGUUGGCUGUGGAUUUUCUUGGUGAAAGUAGUGACGACGUUGCGAAUGAGCCAAAGUUGGUUGUACUCCUUCUGCCUGGUCUGACUUCCUCUUCUAAUACGUCCUAUGUGAAAACCCUGGCGAUGACAAUUGUUAAAUCCAAUGCAAUCGUGGCCGUCCUAAACAAUCGAGGUCUUGGGGGAGUCCCCUUGAAAACUCCACGCACGUAUUGUUGCACAAAUAACGAAGAUAUUCGCGAAGUUAUUGCUCACUUAAAGUCACAAUAUCCAAAAUCCAAGUUUCUGGCAAUUGGAACAUCACUAGGAGGGAUGAUGCUAAGUCGCUACGUGAUCAGUUGGCCAGAUGAAGCCCGAUCAACCUUUGUCGCAGCACUAGUGAUAUCAAUUUGUUGGGAUGCUAUGAUAGGAAAUGCGAGUCUAGAAAAACCCUUUCUCAACAAAUAUAUUGUAAACUAUACAUUAACUUCAAAUCUUCAAAAUCUUGCAAAACGGCACCGAACAGUUUUAGAGUCUAGAAGGGAUUGUUGGGACUUUGAUAAAGUUUUCAGCGUAAAGACAAUUCGGGAGUUUGACCACCAUUUCACGGCACCCCAGUUCGGAUUCAGUUCGUGGGAGGAAUAUUAUACAGCUGCACAAAUUACCCCAGAAAUUCACAAAUUCUCAAUACCUGUCUUCGGAUUAAAUGCAAUCGACGAUCCAAUGCAACCAGGAGAGGAUUUACCAAUAAAACAAGCUAUUCAGAAAGGUUCUAAUCUAGCUUUGAUAGUGACCGAACGUGGUGGUCAUCUGGGAUUUUUGGAGGGAAUUUUUCCGUUCAGAAAACCGUUUCAUUACAUGGAACGUUUAGUUGGCGAAUUUGUAAACGCUAUUAGACUUCAUGCUGAGGAAUUACUAGAAGAAAAAACGGUGGAUAAUUUGGAAGGAAGUACCACGUUAAAUGAACCUCAAGUUGAAAUUGCUGGAGUAUGUUGAAAAUGAUCUCUAAAAUACCUGAUCAAGGUUGCACAGAUUUAAAAUUUAAGUAACAAAAGUAUAAUGGUCCCUACUGCUUUGCAAGUAAAAUAAUGCAUAGUUGUGAUAUUAGUGAAUAAUAAUAUUACUGUGCUUGUUAGAUGAGAAAUGAAGGUUGUUUGAUGUUUUGGUUGGCAAUUACUCAGUCUCGCAGGUUUAUUUGUGACACAAUAAAAAAUACUUUUGUUGGCCACAAAGUAUCAUGUUUUGAAUAAAAUAAUUAAAUUGUA